AUGAGUCCUAUCCUGAACUUCCUCGAUCACCCAUUCCAGACAUGGCAAUCAAGUGUGCUCUUUGCAAUUGUCUUUACAUGCUUGAUCUUGGUGUGUGCUUUCAUAGCCAAGAGAUACCUCGAGGCGCUGCGAAUAAAUAAUCAGCAGUCUUCUCACAAUCCGCUGACUCUGGAGAGUUUGCGACCAUUACCACCUCCAGCUGAGACACAAUACUCGGCAGCAAAUGUGACUGGAUCUCAACUCAGACCACGACAACCUAUCCAGUUUAACGUACCAGUAGUUGCGAUGGGAGAGGUGUACAACAGCAAAAUCGCCCAGCGCCGCCGUGCAUCGUUUGCACUUGGUGCUCACAAUACUGGUGGAAAUCCAACAGACAUCCCAUGCCACACCUCAAUCGCUUAG